GUUAGUUUGUUGACUCAGACAGGCUGCUUCACUCCGCUUCUCUUUCCCACACCAGUUCUGCGCGGAUUUAUUUUCUCUGAGGACUUUUGUUUUGAAGGGGACUGUGGUUUUUACAAAGUUGCAUAGCUCAAGUGCUUUUGCUACAUUUUAUUGCAGUGUAGCCGAAGAUAUAAACUUAGCCUAUUCUUUUUUAUUUAUCCAAAUAAAAAAAAUGACUCAAUUCAAUAAGGGACCGGCCUACGGAUUAUCCGCCGAAGUCAAAAGCAAAAUCGCUCAGAAGUACGACCUGCAACGGGAAGAGGAGCUGCGCUACUGGAUCGAGGAGGUGACCGGGAUGCCCAUUGGAGACAACUUCCAGAAGGGCUUGAAAGAUGGGGUCAUCCUGAGCGAAUUGAUUAACAAACUGCAGCCCGGCUCGGUGAAGAAGAUCAAUCACUCACAACUCAACUGGCACAAGCUGGAGAACCUCGGGAACUUCAUCAAAGCCAUCUUGGCCUACGGCAUGAAGCCCAACGACAUCUUUGAGGCCAACGACCUGUUUGAAAACGGGAACCUCACUCAAGUUCAGACCACACUGCUUGCCCUGGCGAACAUGGCAAAGACCAAAGGUAUUGACACAAAGUUUGACAUUGGUGUGAAAUAUGCAGACAAACAGGCUCGGCAUUUCGACGACGACAAGAUCAAGGCAGGCCAGUGUGUCAUUGGACUACAGAUGGGAACAAACAAGUGUGCGAGUCAGGCAGGAAUGACGGCUUAUGGCACCAGAAGACAUCUCUAUGACCCAAAGACGCACACGGACAAACCCUUCGACCAGACCACCAUCAGCCUCCAGAUGGGCACCAACAAGGGAGCCAGCCAGGCAGGCAUGUCCGCCCCGGGCACCCGCAGGGACAUCUAUGACCAGAAGUCGGCCGUGCCCAUGGACAACUCCACCAUCUCCCUGCAGAUGGGCACCAACAAGGUGGCGUCGCAGAAGGGCAUGAGCGUGUACGGGCUGGGCCGGCAGGUGUACGACCCCAAGUACUGCGCCACGGCCACGGAACCGGCCGUCCACACCAACGGCAGCCAGGGCACGGGCACCAACGGAUCGGAAAUCAGCGACAGUGACUAUCAGGCGGAGUUCCCCGACGAGGAGUACCCGGCCGGUUACCACGACGACUACAGCACCCAUUACAACGACCAGGGUAUUGACUAUUAGUGGCUACCUGCACACCGCCCCGUCCCCCGUCCCCCGUCCCCCCUCCCAACCACGAGACGGCCUGCCCCUUUAACCCCUUCCCUACUAUACCGCUAGUCGGAGCAGUAUUAACACAAUGCGUAUUUUAUCGACAACACAACAGAGCAAGUCUUUUGCUAUCCUCGCUAGUCUUCGUUUUUUCUUUUACUCAUUUUUGUUUCAAAGCAAUAAGAUUCAGUCGUUGCCUUGAGUGCGUUUCACCUCAUUCGCUACUCCCCCCCCAACCUAAGCGGCGAUGGUUUAAAUGAUUCUCUUUCAUUCAUUACAGUAGAACCGUGAGGUCAAUGUUUCCGCGUUUUGUUUAGUUUUUUGAGCACGAGUACAUUCCUUUUAAAAAAAAAAAAAGAAUCUACUGUUUUUAUAAAAAAUAUAAAAAAUACAGGACACUGUGAACUAGCAAUAGCAUUCGUCUAACCAGCGUUGUAGCAACAGCCAAGUUUAAAAUCCAACUUGUCUAUCCCUUAUCUUUUUGUUUUUAAAUUGUGAUGCUUCAUAAUUGAUUCGUAUGAAUAAUGUACCAGUUUCCAUGUACCUGUUUUUCAAGGUUAAAAAGACUGCUUUGACCAACCUCCAACACCAAUAUACACACACUUGCCUGCAUCUCCCAUUGAGUUGGAGGAUCAGACUGUAGUUCGUGCCAUUCCAGUUUUAUCAAUUGGGGCUAUGGAGGUGAUUCCCGCUGUCCCAGCAUGUUACAAUGUCCAUUGUUUCCUUUUACAUUCCUAAAGUGUAUUUAUUGCCAUGUGUCUGAUCAUAAACCAGUCCCUUGUGUGAUGUUUUCUUUUGAAGAUAAAUUGUAUGUUUCAAUAUAAAUAAAGCCUUAAAUUCCUUGGA